AUGGUUGUUCUUCAGCGGUCUAGUGUUACAGCGCUACAAGUCGCCCAACUUAUCCAUUAUGGCACUGAGAAGACGCUGCACAGUCUAAAGGCAGAGUCAAGGACUCCUAUGAUGGACAUUUCUGUGGACACAUUCUACCUCUGA